AUGCCGGAUUCGUCCCAAGAUCAAGCCCUCAAAGGCUUACAGUCUUCCAAUGCAAAGAUCCUUUUUGAUAAAAUUGAUGAAUUGCGGACUAUCGGGGUAGGCGGCCUCGUGGAACUGCCGCAACUCAUCGUCUGUGGGAAACAAUCCAGUGGAAAGAGUUCCGUCCUGGAAGCGAUCUCUCGAGUUCGUUUUCCGACAAAGACCAAACUCUGUACCAGAUUUGCAACGGAGGUGAUAUUGCGCCGAAGUCCAGAGCCCAGAUUCAAAGUCUCAAUUGACCCAGGGGAAUCCCGAUCGGACGAGGAUAGAGAGCGGCUUCAGAAAUUUUGCUUGGAAGUCUUUCCCAAGGGAGACGAUGAUACCCCUUUCAAGGAUUUAGUCGAAAGGGCACAGGAAUGGAUGGGCAUUGACAGUGCCGUCGAAUCAUCCACAGGGUUCAGUGACGAUGUUCUCAAGGUUGAAAUCUCCGGCCCUGAAAAGCCUGAGCUCACCCUUGUCGAUUUACCAGGGCUUUAUGAGGCUAAAAGCAAAGAACAAACCACUGAAGGAAUCCAAUUUGUUCAAAAGAUUACUGAGAAAUACAUGCGUAACGAGCGCAGUAUCAUUCUCGCAGUUCUAAGCGCCAAAUUCAAUUAUGUCCAUCAGGAUAUUCUCGACAGAGCGGAGCAGGUCGACCCAGAGUUUAAAAGGGUCCUUGGUAUCGUCACAGCGCCUGACCUUAUGGCUUCAGGCUCUGAGGAAGAGGAUGAGUGGCUGGAGUAUAUCAGGAAUGAGAAAGAGCCGAAAUUAAAGUUGGGCUGGCAUGUACUGCGAAACAGAGCAUAUGCAGAGCGCAACAUUGACGACAACGAACGUGACAGGGAAGAGAAGGAGUUCUUCGAGACAGGUAAAUGGCCUAGUAUCUCUCGAGCGCAUGUGGGAAUCGAGAGCCUUAGACGCCGUCUGAGUGAUGUUCUUUUCGACCAAGUUCGUCGGAACUUCCCAGGAUUGGUUCGAGACAUCCAGGGCAAAAUAGCUAGUCACAAGCACAACCUCUCGAAUCUUGGGGCGCCAAGAUCCACUAUUCAGGAGCAGCGGUCAUUCCUUGUUGAUAUCAGCACGAAAUUCUCAAACAUUGUCACACAAGGCUUGACUGGGUUUUACAACCAUGACUUUUUCAAAGAGCUAGAAGAUGACGCACCCAUUCAUGAUAAUCGACGUCGACUGCGUGCCGUUAUUUGUCAGCUCAACGAAUAUUUCGUCGAUGUUAUAACGAUUCGCGGUUGUGGCCGGACAAUUAUUUAUGUUAACUCGGUGGAACCUCACUUCACGAAUCUCGGAAAGCCAGGAUUCAAGCAGUACAUGGACUGUUGGAUCCCCAAAAACGUCCAACUGAAAGUUCUUAUCGAGGAGACGAAGAAAAGCUUGGUAUUACAGAGGGGAAGUGAGAUGCCUGGUGAGCCCAAUUCACUUGUGGUGAGAGAGCUCUACCGUCAGCAGUCUUCCCCUUGGGAAAACAUCGCCAGGAUGCACAUCGAGACAGCCCAUGAUGCAGUGACCAAAUUCGUCUGUUCCGUGCUCAAGUAUCUCACUGACAGAAACACCUUUUCGGCGAUAUACAAGGAUAUAAUUGCGCCUGAGUUGGAAAAGCUCAAUUUCUCUGUGCUAGAAAAGCUUGAAGAGUUGACUUCCCACUCAAAAUAUGGCCACCCACUCCCAGUAAGAAGGGAAUACCUCGCUCGAAUCAUGAACGAACAGAGGCUUCGCCAACUUCAUGUACUGAAACAAAAGCUUGUUGAGAAUGGAACAGAACAACCGGGGCUGUUUAGUUUUGACCAAAUCGACACAGCCGCUCAUACAACAACACAUGGCGAUGAAGAUAUUCCCGCCAUGAAGAUCAUUGACCAAGUCGAAACAUACUACAACAUCUCUAUCACAACUUUCAUCGACAAUGUCGCAAUUCUUGCUAUUGAAAAUUGUCUUCUCCUUCCUCUUGAAAGGAUUUUCACCAGUUUAGCUGUUAGCAACAUGGACACGAAACAGAUCCGAUCGCUAGCCGAUGAGCCAGCACAUGUACAAAGCGACAGAGAAAGAUACACCAGCCAGCUUGAGAAACUAGAAGCCGGACUGAAGACUCUGAAUAUUCUCAACCGCGAGGAGUCAUCGUUGGCCACUCCAAUAGUCUUUGGUAAGUAG